CUCUUUUGAGCCUGGCUCUUCUGCAGGAGUUCCAACACACUAUGCAUAAUAAGCUUGUGCCUCUGGCCCAGGAUCGUAGAGUUAUAUAAUGAUGUCUGGCUCUAAGCAUUCAUUAGAAUUACAUUUCUAGCUCACAUGGUUGCAAAGGAAAGCUCGAAAAUAUGAUCUGAGUGUAACUGAUGGAGUUAUGUUUGCUUGUGUCUGCAGUCAGUCCUCCAGUAGAGAAAGAAGCAGCAGCCACUAGAGCCAUGAAGGAAGCCACUUAGCCCUAUGACCAUCAACACAGCAGAGAUGGCCCCAGCUGCUUUGGGACAGGAAGAAUUGAGGGACUAGCUCUAUAGGAUUGGCCCUCUUGGUGAGGCUGGGGCUUGGCAUGCACUUAAACGUUAGGUCAGCAUAGCUGUGUCGGUCAGGAGUGUUAGAAAAUCAUAGCUCUUACUAAUCCACAGUGAAGAUGCAGCUAUGUAAACGGAAAAGUGCUUCUAUUGACUUAACUAACUUCAUUCACCAGUGUAGGCUGCAUCUACAUUACAGGGUUAUGUCCUCAUAUCUGUCAUAGCUAUACUAGUAUAGUCUCCGUAGUAUAGACAUCUUAGAUCUCUGGGAUCUGUUCUUUCCCUUGAGCCUUUUGGCUCUAUAAGACAGAUUGGGAGAGAAAAAUCAUGGUACCUCCCAAAUGCUGUUCAUUUGUGUCUCCAAAACGAGAUACCACUCACAAUAGAUUGUAUUGGUCUAUCAUUCACCUUUGCUUUUCUUAUAUGUUUUGAUAACGGUGAACGUUCACGAUGUUGAUAUUUACAUUAUCAUCACUGGACAAAUGGGCUGCUCAUCAUCAGGGCAUUGGGAUGAAUGGGGCAGUUCAGACCACUCUGAACUAUUGUUUUAUGUUUCCGGCAGACUCAGGCAGACAUUGUUCCAUUGGUUUACACCACUCAUUUUAUGUUUUCAGGGUUUUCUCCAGAACCAUAAAGGCUACCAUUUUUUUUUAAUGGAAAUUAAGAUUCUGGAUGACAAGAGGGCAAACUCAAAAAAAAAACUCAACCAGAAAAACCCAAACCACUGGGUUUCUGACUUAGCCCAGUUUGAGUCGUGUUCAUUGAUGCCAUUUAUCUCCUCUUCCAGAUGCUAUUAAAUAACACUGGAUCCUAACAACAAACUCUGUAGUUUCUCACUAGACAUUUCCCCCACCACUUGAUCAUGUUCAUUUUCACUUUUUGUUUGCAGUCCUUCAGUUAGUUUUUAAUCAACAUGACAAUAUUUAUACCCAAACCCAUAUUAAUUAAUGUUGAAGUAAGAUCUUGUGGAACUUUGCAUUCCUUCCUGUCUGUCUUGCAUGCAUUGAAGCCGAAAGGAUUAUUAUUCCAAAAACGCCACUGGGGCACAGAAGAUCAAACAAUCUGCCCUAUAUAGUGGGUCACCAAAAGGAUUUGAGAGCUUUUAAGACUUUUGUGGCAAGGUGGCUGAGGCAUUCCAACUGCAUCACCUAGAGGCUUGCUUGGCGACAUCUCCCAUUCCCCCUUAGCCGUUGGAGCUCACUGAACAAUGGCAGUUUCCAAUUUUUAGGCCUAAAAAGGAGAUUCUUUCUCUUUGAACUCGAAGGUCACCAACUUAAAAACACUACACGCUUUCCCACGUCACUACUGAUUUUGAUGUGCAGGUUACUAUGGAUACUUUCUUUGGAAGAUGUAUCUUUUAUAUGGUGUGUGAAAGCCAUGUGUGUAGCCAGUACAGAGCAUCAAGUUCUUUGCCAGAUGAAAAGAAGGAGUUUCUGCAAAAUGGACCUGAUUUGCAAGAUUUUGUGUCUGGGGAUUUUUCUGAUAAGAGCAUGUGGGCUGAGUAUAAAGGCAAUUUAAAACGCCAGAAGGGAGAAAGGCUGCGACUUCCUCCAUGGCUAAAAACUGAGAUUCCCAUAGGAAAGAACUAUAAUAAACUGAAGAGUACACUGCGAAGUUUAAAUCUUCAUACUGUGUGUGAGGAAGCACGUUGUCCCAACAUUGGAGAGUGCUGGGGAGGGGGUGAGUAUGCUACUGCUACAGCAACUAUCAUGUUGAUGGGUGACACAUGUACAAGAGGAUGCAGAUUUUGUUCAGUAAAGACAGCAAAAAAUCCACCUCCAUUGGAUCUUAAUGAACCCUACAAUACAGCAAAAGCUAUAGCUGAAUGGGGCUUGGAUUAUGUUGUAUUGACAUCUGUAGACAGAGAUGAUAUUCUAGAUGGCGGAGCAGAACACUUUGCAAAAACUGUAUCACACUUGAAGGAAAGGAAUUCAAAAAUUCUAGUAGAAUGUUUAACCCCUGAUUUUCGAGGGGACCUUAAAGCAGUGGAGAAAGUUGCUUUGUCAGGACUAGACGUAUAUGCCCAUAAUGUGGAAACUGUUCCAGAGUUACAGAGGAAAGUACGUGAUCCUCGGGCCAAUUUUAAGCAGUCCUUACAAGUUUUGAAGCAUGCUAAGAAGGUCCAACCUGAUGUAAUUUCUAAAACCUCCAUUAUGCUGGGAUUAGGCGAGACAGAUGAACAAGUAUAUUCAACAAUGAAAUUAUUACGUGAGGCAGAUGUCGACUGUUUGACCUUAGGACAAUACAUGCAACCAACAAAACGUCAUCUAAAGGUUGAGGAAUAUGUUACCCCUGACAAGUUUAAACACUGGGAAAAAGUGGGAAAUGAGCUUGGAUUUCAUUACACAGCUAGUGGUCCUCUAGUGCGCUCCUCCUAUAAAGCAGGUGAAUUUUUCUUGAAGAAUUUAGUAGAGAAAAGGAAGACAAAGGUCAUCUGAAGGUGGAAGAGGACCUAUUUUAAGUCACCUACAGCUUUAAAGAUUCAUUUUUUCAUAAGUUCAUUUAAUUCCAAAAAUAUAGCAUCCCACAUCAUGGAAUGAAGAAUGAACUUAAUAUUUCUAGAACACUGCUCCCUUGACAAAACAAAACAAUUGACAUUAAUUCGCCUAGUUCUUCUUAGUCUCUAUAAAAUUACAGCUACAAGGUACUUUAGUGUUCAGUGAAUCAUCAAGAGCCUUAGCUUUAGAAUGUAUCAAAACAGAGACUCUGAUUUGGUGAGCAGGGGAAUUAUGAGGAAAAAAUAAAGAGAAAUGACAUAUAUAUGUAAACAAAAAUGGAUGGAUUGUGAAAUCUGGUAUAGUGUAUUAAAUGCUGAAAUAAACAAAAUCUUGCCACCUGC